AUCUUUUACAGCAGUUGACGUCAAUGUUCUUCUCCCGUCUCAUUUAAUUGCCGUAAGUUGCAAAUAUACCCUUGACUUACUCGUGCAAAUUGACCGUCAGGAAACCUCAAGGAAAUAUAUCCAGAGAUAAAGAUAAACCAGAUUGUAUCUUCAAUUGUAAUUUAUAACUCUUUGUCCUGGCGUCCUGUCAGGGUUUUCCUGAAAGAUGUUAUUAAUUAAUUAAUUCCAAUUGGCAAAUAAAUCCUUGAGUCAAGAAACUCUGGUUAUCAAGAGAAUAAUAAUAAUAAUAAUAAAAAAUAAAUGAUAUUUUUUUAGGUGAGAAGAGGCUUAAUAAAAGAAGAACACAGAUCAGUGGGUGGGAAACACAGGUAUAUCAUCUACAAUAUAAGUAAUUAUGUGUGUAUUAAUUUUAAAAAGGGGAGAUCACGUGUUACUUUGCUACGGACCUGCUUGACGUCACUCUAUGACGUCAAUUCAUCGUCUUCUAUUCGUAGUCGUUGAUCUGUAGAAAUAGAAGGAGGGAGAUCAGCUGACAGACACGUGUCAGUCAGACAGAUAGUGUUUUUUCCUUAAGCUGACUACUAACAACAUCUUACAUCUCACUUAUCCAGUUAUUAAUCAACUAAAAUAAAUUACUUUAAGAAGUUAGCAAACAGCGCAAUUAUGUCUAACGAUCCCUUGCUUCCGUACUAUGCCAAAGGAACAAUUGUCAAAGGAUUUGGCCGAGGCUCCAAAGCACUUGGAAUACCUACAGCUAAUUUUCCUGAAGAUGUUGUUGCUCAGUUGCCGGAAGGAUUUAAUACCGGUAUUUAUUACGGUUGGGCGGCCCUUGAGGGUGAAAUAUAUAAAAUGGUUAUGAGCAUAGGGUGGAAUCCAUUCUAUCAGAAUGAAAAAAAAUCAAUGGAGGUUCAUCUUCUUCAUAAGUUUUCUAACGACUUACAUGGUAGAGAGCUAAAAAUUGUUAUCACGGGAUUUAUACGACCAGAAACUAGCUUUGACUCUGUUGGUAAAAGCUUUAAUCGCUGCGAUAAAUAAUGAUAUUAAGAUUGCGGAUCAACGAUUGGAAGAUCCCAAGAUGAUUGAAUUAAAAUCGACCCUUUUGACUAAUUGUUAACGAAGGGUAGAUAUUUAAUAUAAUUUAUAUAAUAUUUAUAAGUAUUAAAGGACCACUAUUAUAUUUUAUAU